AUGUUUUUUCCGGAGCGUGUUGGUGAUGGGAUUAAUUAUAACCUGUAUUUCGACAAUAGCCCUGAACUUGAAACUUGUGAUGUUGCUGCUGAGUGGUGUAAGAUCAUUGCCUUUGAGUUUGGUUUUUUCUUAAUAAUCAGUAGUCACAAAAAGAAGUAUCAACUUUUGGAUUAUGAUCGUGACAAGAAGAAGAAACUUCGGGAUUUCAGUUCAGCAAUCAGAAGAAAAACAAAGAGAAAAGCAUGUGGUUGUGAAUUUCGGUUGUUCCUAGUCCCAAAGAACAACUACACAUAUUGGGUAGUCGAGACUAAGGUGGAGCAUGGGUUUCAUAAUCGCCCAAUGAUGUUAUACCCGGAGGGCAAUCGACAAAUCAGCGGUCUUAGUCCCGUUGUGAAGAAGUUAGUUAGGAAACUAACUUCAUCCCAUGUGAAACCACAUCACAUCAUGAAAGCUGUUGAAGGUGCAUUUCCGUCUUUGAAUCCUAACGUGAUGGACAUCUACAAUUGUAGAGAUGUAUUAAGAAGGGUGAGAUCAGAAGGCAGAAAUGUAGUUCAGCAGUUUCUUCAGCAGGCUGUUCAAAGCAAGUAUCUAUUUUGGCUUCAUUCGGACGAGAUGUGUAGGGUGAUACAUACAUUCAUUGCACACCCGACUUCCGUGAAUUUAGUGCGUACGUAUCCGCACGUGAUCCACAUUGAUGCAACGUACAAGACAAACAAGUACUUGUAUCCUUUUGUGGAGAUUCUUGGUGUCACACCAACCAACAAGAAUUUUCUUGUUGCAUGUGCAUUGUCGCAGCAUGAGGAUGCUCAGAGCUAUCGCUGGAUGUUGGAGAGAUUGAAAAACCUCAUUGGCAUUGUGGCUCUGAAUGCCAUUGUGACUGAUCGAAAUAUGACUUUGUGCAAAUACAUCUCGCAUGUUUUUCCCACAUCUGCUCAUCUACUUUACACGUGGCAUAUCAAUGAUGUGGAGGCAUGGGUCACAAAGAAGUUUGGUGGAAAAAGGAAGAUUGGGGUUCAAUUCGGGCGAGGAUGUUGGGCUAGGGUUAUGAAAUCCAAAACUGAGGUUGAAUAUGAAAUAAAUGUAGCCAACAUAAUGGAAGAGUGGGGGUGCACUUGGGAAUACUUUGCACGUUAA